GUGUUUCACCCGGACGACUGCUGAGGUGGUGCAGCGCCGCAGCGGCGGUAUAACUAAUCAGUAGCAGGCUGAUGAUCGAUCAAUGAUCAUAGGAGCGUGAUGCAGUGUGGGUGGCUUCAGUCAGGUCCGCAGCUGUGGCUCCGCUGCGUCCAUAGACAGGUGAUGGUGAAGGCGCAGGGGGAGGAGCACCGUGGGUGGCUGCUGACCGUGGAUCCGGUGUCCCGCAGCGUGGUACUGCUGGACCUGCGGGCGGAAGGUGCUUCGGUCCGGGUGGUCAUGGGCCACGCUGUGGAACAUGUGGAGGUUCUGCAGGAGGCGGACCAGGAGACGUUGGGGCGGAUCCGCUCCUUCUUCAUCCCCCAGGAAACCCUCAGCCUGGACCCAGAGGAGCUACAGAGGAGGAGGUCCGGUGUCUGCGGCUGGCUCCAGAAGAACCUGGUUCCUGUGGAAGAGGACGGGAAUGAGCUGAGGGUGGCGGGGGUUCUGACCAUCAGAGCUCCAUACGGAGCUGAGGACUGCAGCAGCUCUAACCAGAUCAUCUUGGACCGAAUCCAGAGACUCAUCCAAGCCCAGCCCGACCCACACCCAGAGCCUGAUCCAGGUCAAAGUGGAAUUACAUCCAUUCACUGAUACAAGUCCAACCAGAACCAGGUUCAAAGACUGAUCCAGGUCCCGCUGAACCUGGCCUUAUUGACCCUGAAACCCACUGGGUCCCGGUUCUGUUUCUCUGGACCAAUAGUAUCUUUUUUUUUUUUUUCUUUGUUCUUGAUGUGG